CUCCUGGAAGUGCUGGAACUUCUGGAUUACCUGGAAGUGCUGGAACUUCUGGAUUACCUGGAAGUGCUGGAACUCCUGGAUUGCCUGGAAGUGCUGGAACUCCUGGAUUGCCUGGAAGUGCUGGAACUCCUGGAUUGCCUGGAAGUGCUGGAACUCCUGGAUUGCCUGGAAGUGCUGGAACUCUUGGAUCCCCUGGAAGUGCUGGAACUCCUGGUGGUGCUGGCGGCAUUCCUGUUGGCCUCCCUGGUGGUCCUGGGGGCGCUGGAGUUCCAGGAAGCACUGGGGGAACGAGCGGUUCUGGUCCUGCCCCGCCACCCUUCACUCUCAUGUGUUACCACGACAACCGGUACCGUCGCCACCCUCUCUACUGCAACAGCUACUACUACUGUAUCUGGGAUGGCUUCAACUGGAACUUCCCCAUCUUCACGUGUCCCGCCGCCCUCCUCUUCGACGAGAAGUCUCAGCAGUGUUCAUAUCCUGAUGAUACCGUGGAAUGUAUAGGGAACCUCGCUCCUUACCCGACGCCACAGCCAGAUUCAGAAGAUGUGACUCCGACAACCACACCUUCAGUCUUCGGGACGACAGCCUCCAACACGACUAUUUCACCGAUUGAGACAACCACAGACAUCAUGGAGGUGGAGACGACAACCGUGAAAAUUUGGGAGUUGGAUAAAACAAGCCAGUACGAUUGCCCAGCGCCCGGCUACUAUCCGUUCGAAGGUGAUUGCGUCCGCUUCUACAGGUGCUUCGAGACUCUGGAAGGCAAACUUAAAGGUCUGCGCUACAAGUGUCCUCCCGGCUACGGCUACUCUGAACCGCUGCAGAGGUGCAAGCUAGAGGCGGAUCUCCCGCCCUGUAUGAAGAAGCUGCAGGCCGCCCAUCUGCGUCUAUCGGGCGCCAUACGGCUCUCUUCCGCCGAUCUCAUACGCUUCUUCGGCAGGGAAUAACCAGUCCCAGCAACCUUGUCGCCCGAGGACAACCCGCGUGUGCCUUGGUGGUGCUUCACCGUGGAAAUAAGCAUGUUUUAACUUUUCUGUGAUGUUCUGAGUACUAAAUACUGCAGGGGAAGGACGGUAGCUGCCAGUUGGUAGAUUACAAUAAUUAUUGUUGGCAUUACAAGAGCAUUUUUGGAGGCCCUCGUGACUAUGCUCAGUUGUAUCGCCUGGCUUCCCGCCAGUAUAUUUGUCUUGUCUUACACGAAGAUAGGCAAAGCAGCUCUAGAUAAGUUUUUAUGUACGUUAUAAAGAAAUUAGUUGAAAGUAGGAGAUAGAACAGACGACGCCCCAAAGAUGAUCCACUCAUUUCUUACCUGAUGAGCUCCUGGAGUUAUUUUGAACUCAGACAAUUUGUGAAUAGAUGUCCUGGUUCUUUAGAGUAGUUAGCAAGUUCUCGACUCUCGCACAGAGGUCCCACAUUGGUACCUGACUGGUUAAAAUGGUUUCGAUCCCAAUCGUAAACAAUUAAGUUGUCACUACUACGGAAGACCCGCCCAUUCUGAAAUGUGUCAGACAAUACAUUUUUUGUAAUCAACAGGAAAGUAUUGCCUCUGAAAUUCUUCAUUUAUAGCUUAGACUAACUUGUAUACGAUAGGCCACACAGCCUACAAGCACGCCAUACACGCACUCUCAUACACGUUCAUCUCAAGCUAAACAUGUUGGCGUUAAACUGUGUACAGUCUGUCAGAAGGCAAGUAUAAGGGGUUCAGUCACGUUAAUCUUUUCUUUGUCACUUCUCGAACGCCAGUUCGAAGCUGUUUCUCAUUCUUGUCCGGUUGUGUGUUUUACAUUCUCCAACCGUAGUGGAUAUGCAUAUGUAUACAAAUAUUUUUCAGACCUAAGUUCGAAUCUGUGAUUAUCCAAAUGAAUGAAAAAAAUAUAUAUAUAUACACAUCCAGAGGUGGUAUCCCCUAUAUAAAUAUAUAUAUUUCUUUUUGUUAUAUUAGAAUUUUUUAUUCCUGUUUGCUUGAUAUUGUAUGUGAGCAUAACUGUAAUAGGAUUCAUAUACAAGGAGAACGUAUAUUAUCAGGUGGAGCGAUAAGUAUAUAUACAGAACCACCAUCACAAAGAAAUCCAAACCCAAAUUCACCAACAACGGUCUAUACUGGGCGUAAACCAUAGGUUUUAAAGGAAAGUAAUUGCUCAUUUUUUUUUAAAGCUUUAUAAGGUUGAACUUUUGAUAAUUUUGUUGUUAUAUUUUGGGGGUAAACUAUUCCACAUGGAUAUUAGGAUUUUCAAGGGUCUCAUUGCUUCAAGCUCAAGGUCAAGCACCAACACUUUAAUGACAAGUGUUACUAGGGUGUCUAACAUGCACAACUACACUUGCUAGCUUCAGAUUCAUAUGCAACUACACCCACCACCACUCCCAGCACAGACACCACCACACCCACCACCACAGACACCACACCCACCACCACACCCACUGCGUCCACCCUUGUUACAAGGUCAGUCUAAUAUAGUUAACAGACCCCGGUAAUUCACCGAUGGUGUUAUUGUUUUUGUUAAUGCACAGUUUACAGCCUAUCGUGGAGCAGAUCACUGCCCAACUUGUCUUGUAACUUAUUCGCAAAAUUAUUUGCAAACCUUACCUGUUUGAGAGGCAGGUGUGCUCAGUAGUUAUACAGAGACAGGUGUGCUCAGUAGUUAUACAGAGACAGGUGUGCUCAGUAGUUAUACAGAGACAGGUGUGCUCAGUAAUUAUACAGCAAGCUGCGGGCAUUCACAGCGUUUUUCCUUGCAAAGGCAUUAACACUUGAGUGUUCCUGGAUGGCUCUAAAUUUGUAUUGUAAAGAGUUGAAAUUACGUUUAUUAGUUUUAGGCGGCUUCUCAGAGGUCAAUUUUCACGAAUGUGUAAUUGGAUUUCUUUGAUUAUUAAUGGAUUUUUUUACAUAUACAUGGAAGGAAAUGUUUAUUGUACAUAUCUAUACGUAGGUUUAUUUUAUUUAGACGAAGCCAACAAGAACAUUCAAGCCUUAGAAAAUUUAAUGUGCCAAACAGUAGCCUAUUGUUGCCUUUUAUGCUGUGUUAUUUAUUUCCUAUUUAUUAUAUUUAUUUAUGUAUAUCCUAAUUGUUGUUCUUGCCGUUCUCUCGCUGUCCCACGACGAAGGUGUGUUAGUAUGGAAUAAAAGUUUCACGAAUAUGG